AGAAGGUAUUUACGACGUCUGACGUAUACUCAUUCUAUGGUAAUAGCUGUCAAGUAACGGACGUAAAACAGAGCAAAACAGAGUUGCUGUUAGAAUGAAAUGAUGUGUGAUGCGUGCAGUGUGCAAAGCAACAGCACCGAGAGCAGUGAAUUUAAAAUAAGAUUUUCGGUGUCUAAUGCGUCUUUGAUACUUCGUCGCUGAGAGAGUGCGGGAAAAGUAUGUCGCGAUAACGUGCGUGUAUCACUCGUUCGUUUGCGCAAUGACGAAUUUAUACGCUCGGCAUUCUUCGUUCUACGCGGAAUUCGUAUAAGGGCAGCUUCGCGGAAAGGAUCGGUCGUGCUGCGAUGCCGCUGUGUCUCAGCGGGCCGCGGAAUAAUGCAUUGUUGACGAGGGCGGCAAUCGGAAGGCACGCGUUCUCAUGCAUGCCAUCGACGCGGUGAACAGAAUGGGCAAGGAAAACGGUUCGUGCUGGUGGUGUGUGAAGGUCGUCAAGUGGAUACCAGUUAUCUUCAUCUUGACGAUUGUCGCGUGGUCCUAUUAUGCCUAUGUGGUGCAAUUGUGCUAUUAUACAAUAGAUAACAAUAUUCAAAAAGCUUUCUACCUGCUUUUCUUCCACGUCUUAAUUCUGAUGUUUUUAUGGUCAUAUUGGCAGACAGUAUACACAAAUUUAAUGCCAGUGCCAGAUAAGUUUAAAAUACCUGAUGUUGAAAUGGAGAAAUUACGGCAAGCUGAAACAGAGGAAGUACAGAGGCAAAUUUUAGAAAGAUUCGCACAAGAUCUCCCAGUUACUAAUCGUACUAUAAAAGGAGCUAUGCGAUUUUGUGAGAAGUGUCAGUUAAUAAAGCCUGAUAGGGCACACCAUUGCAGUGUAUGUAGCACUUGUGUCUUAAAGAUGGAUCAUCACUGUCCAUGGGUGAACAAUUGUGUAGGCUUCCACAAUUACAAAUUUUUUAUGCUGUUUCUAGCAUACGCACUUCUCUACUGUAUGUUUAUUACUGCUACAUCUUUGCAAUACUUUAUACAAUUUUGGAAAGGUGAAUUAGAUGGGAUGGGUAGAUUUCAUCUGCUAUUUCUUUUUUUUGUUGCGUUGAUGUUUGCAGUCAGUCUUACCUCCCUUUUCUUCUACCAUUGCUAUCUCGUUGUUCAUAACAGAUCAACUCUAGAGGCCUUCAGAACGCCUAUGUUUCGGACAGGAAAAGACAAGGAUGGAUUUAGUCUGGGAAAAUACAAUAAUUUUCAGGAAGUGUUUGGUGACAAUCCACGGAUCUGGUUUCUUCCUAUGUUUAGUAGUCUGGGAAAUGGUGUCGUCUACCCAGUAAGAUCGCAACACCAGGGCACUCCUAAUACUUAUGAUUCCAUGGGCAGUACUCAAAACAGGUCCACCAUUGAACAAAUGACUUUGGUAGAAGAAGCUACAAUUUUGGCUCUUGGCGCUGGCACUGCUGUGAUAGGGCCUUCUGUUGAUGUCGACCAACCACUGAUGAAUACCACAGAACCUGUCUAAAUAUCAUCAUUCAUAUGACAAAUAUGCUUUCGUGCAGUUACAAUUUUGCUUUACGCGAUAUUGCGAAUAUAAUUCAAAAUAUUAAUUUCUUGAAGUGCUCUUUAAAGCACUCUUUUUUACAUUUUAAAAUAAAACUAUAAUUCUAGUCGUCAUGCAUUAAAAUUUCAAAUUUUAUUAUUAUCGCGAAGAAAAUUGACAGUAUAUGCAAGUUAACUUUUAACGUUACGGAUUGUCUUGCACCAAAAUACUUGGAAUAUUAACACUGUAUUAUAUAUAUUGUAAUAUAUAUAUAUGAAUUGUUGUUAAAAAUGUUAUGGUUACUUAUAAAUUUAAUUAUGGAAUAUUCUAUAAUACAAUUAAUUAAUUAAUUAACUUUUAGUCCAAUAUAUAAUCAAUGUCGCUAUAAAUUUAUAAUUAUAUAAUUGGUAUGUAGAUUAUAACUUGUAUUACAAAGAAGUGAGAAAAGUCACUGCUCUUUAAUCCAGGUACUACGUUUGCAAUAUUUUUGUCAAGAUAUGAAUACGUAUAUGUAUAUAUAAAACAAUGUAUCUGCAUACAUGUAUCCAACAAAAUGAGAGUUACAAAUAAAAAUUCGCCCAUACUUAA